UAAAUCCUAUUCUCAGAUGACUUGUUUCUUUCCUUAAACAACCACAGCUAUAGAAUUCAAAAGUUUGUUUUUUUUCCAACUGUGAAGGAGUGAUCAUCUGUGCAAAGAGAAUGAGAGGGUGGGAUCAUUUGCUAUCCAGAAUGGACACUCAUUAGAUAAAGCAGGAAGCGGGCAGGGGACAGCCAGAACAACUACAAGGUUACAAACAAGAUUAUUAGCAAGGAUUCCCAGCUCCUCUCCCCUUUGUUGCAACUUGUCAAGACUGCCUGCAGCAGCAGCAUGUUGCAGACAGUGCAGGAGUGGCUCUGGUGGGAGCGGCUGUGGUUACCAGUGAACGUGUCGUGGUCAGAUCUGGAGGACACAGAGGACAGAGUGUACGCCAAAGCCUCUCAGCUCUACCACAUCCUCCCAUUCGCCCUGGGCAUGCUGCUGCUUCGAUACCUAUUUGAGAGGUUCGUGGCUGCACCGUUGGCUAAUGCUUGGGGAGUGAGAGACAAAGCACGAGUCUCUGCAGAGCCUCACCCAGUGCUGGAGGAAUACUACUGCACCAGGACCAGGUUCCCCUCACAGGUGGAGGUGCUGUCUCUAUGUAAGAAGAGCAGCUGGUCUGAGAGGAAGGUCCAGUUUUGGUUCAGGAGGAGGAGGAACCAGGACCGGCCCGGACUGCGCAAGAGGUUCUCUGAGGCUAGCUGGAGAUGUGCUUUUUAUUUCUGUGCUUUUGUUGGAGGUGUGCUCGCUCUCUAUGAUAAACCCUGGGUGUAUGACCUGAGGAAGGUGUGGGCUGGCUUUCCCAAACAGUCCCUGCUGCCCUCACAGUACUGGUAUUAUUACUGUGAGAUGGGAUUUUACUUCUCCCUGCUGCUCAGCCUCACCUUUGACGUUAAAAGAAAAGACUUUAAUGAGCAGGUGAUCCACCACAUAGCCACGCUGACCCUCCUGAGCUUCUCCUGGAUCUCCAACUACAUCCGCAUUGGGACUCUGGUGAUGGCUGUGCACGACUCGGCCGAUAUUCUGCUGGAGUUUGCAAAAGUGGUCAACUACGCCAAUAGGAACAAGGCGGCUAAUGUCAUAUUUGUGGUGUUUACAGCUCUGUUUACGCUAAGUCGACUUGUCAUUUUUCCAUUUUGGCUGAUCCACUGCACCUGGGUGUACCCUUUGGAGCUGUACCCUCCCUUCUUCGGGUACUACUUCUUUAACUUCAUGUUAGUGGUGCUGCAGGGGCUGCACAUAUACUGGGCUGUGCUCAUCUAUCGCAUGCUCUACAAGGCACUGUUCAGCACGUUGGAAGGGGAUGACAGAAGCGAUGCUGAGGAGGAGGAUGGCAGCGACCCAUCCAAAGAGAUAAAUCACAAACCCAGGCACAUAAACGGCUCCGGGCCCCGGGGCCGAGCCACUGGACACUGAUCCCACAUGGACCACUGCACACAUUCUUUAUAUAAGAACUGCCAUAUCAUGUAAAAUAACCACUACAUAUGAAGGAAGCUGACAGCAAACUAUUUUAAAGGUGCCAUAUGACGCUACCUGAUGUUUAACCAUGUUUGAAGGUUGUAACCUCAAAAUCAACAGUUCUGUUUGCUUAUAUUUGAGUAAUCCUGCAAAUUAAGGUGUGCAUUUUGACAUCUACUUGGCCACCAGUUUACCACACUACCUCUCCCCUCCUCCUGGACUUUCUCCAAUCAUUCCAACAAACUACCUUUGCUACUAAUCAUUUCCUGUUAGUAUUUUUAGCAUUCUUUUAACUGCCUCAUAAUCCCCACUGUUGUCAGCAGAGGACACAGGGACAAUACCAGGCUUUUUAUGCACUGCAAUCAUGACUGAAUACACUUAGCAUUUCAAGUUGUAAAAUGUGAAGUACAUGGAUGUCUCCACAAGUAUUGAAGAGAGUUUAAAAUGGGAGAUUUAGAGUGAUAAAUAAAUAGAUUUUGUCUUACAGGUGUCAGCUGUUGUAGUGGUUGCUUUUGUAUGGUAUUUGCCUAUGCAAAGUAGGCACUGUAUGGAGAGAUGCAGGUGUUACUGGAGCCCACCAUGAACACUGUGGAAACAAUAUGACAUCGGGAAGCCUCAAUUUACAUGGACAGAAAAUCAUUCAGAUGUUGUUAUUUACAUGUAAUUUAAGUAAUCUGAUAACCCCAGAAAUCAGAUGACAGUAACAUUUUUGGGGAGUACGUAAACAUAAAAAAGGAUUGUUGUGACUUUAACCACAUUUUAAAUAGAGCUGCUAAACUUGGCAGUACCUGGAAAACUAAAGGGCAAAGAAGAGGCAGGUCUGUUAGUAUAAGAAGUAACUAACUUCUUAGACCAAAAUGAGAAUGGAUAGGCAAAGGUGUAACUGUACAUUUUGCCUUGAUUUCAUCUGA